AUAUACAAUCUCCGUGUAUAUGUGUGCGGCGGAUUACGUAAGGAGAUUAUUUUACGUAUAAAAAGGCUGAUCAUCAAACAAAUGUAUUAUUCAAACGUUCAAGUAUAUCGAUAUUGGUCGAAGUGCACAUAUUUUAUAUACAUAUAUAUUAAAAAUAGAUAGAUAAAUAGAUCGGUCGGGACAGCCGACAAUUUAGUUUUUGCAUACGGAAGGUUUAGAGAAGUUAAUGGUAAACGGAAAAGUUUACGAUAAAGUGCGAUCGAGUCGUUUAUCGUUUUUAGAGAUAAAUAUUACAAACAAAUAUAAUAUAAAAUUCUCUAACAAGUAAAAUAAGUAAUCUCGUUCGGUUCUCGGCUGAAAAUGUUUCGCUUCUGCAAUAUAACCAGAAACUCCUCCUCGUCCCUCCUUAACCUUUUCCCUAACGUUCGUCCUUCGAGGAGCAGAAACAACGUUUCCAACUUGGACGACUCGCUGCUCGCGUUUCGAAAUUGGGGGACGCGCGAUGUCCCGUCGAUACGACGAUACCGAUCGAGUUGCGAAGAGAGGCUGGGCGAGGAGGCAGGCUCGUCGUACUUGUUCCAGCAGGGGAGCACGGCGCUGAGGGACGAGACGUUGGGCAAUUUGGCCGCGGACGCCGCGAGGAGAUGGGCCCACAAAGAGUGCGUGAUCUCGGUCCACCAGGGCGUGCGGUUGACGUUCGCGGAGUUACUCGGCCGCGCCGAUCGUUUCGCGGCCGGCUUAAAGAGGCUUGGCCUGGAACGGGGCGACCGUUUCGGCAUAUGGGCGCCUAACGACGUCGAGUGGAUAAUCGGUUUCGUGGCGGCGAUGAGGGCGGGCCUCGUCGCCGUCUCGUUAAACCCCACGUAUCAAUUGGACGAGAUCGUCUACUGCUUGCAGAAGGUCGGGGUAAAGGCCGUCCUGUCCCCCGACAAUUUUAAAACCCAGGACUACCCUGCGAUGCUGCUGCGCGCCAAACGAAUGUGCCCCGCGUUGGAGCACAUAAUUAUCUAUUCCAGGGAUCACGUUGCAGGGACGCGCCGAUUCGCCGACGUGGAGCAGCUCGCGUCGAAAAUCGAGGUCGAGCGUGUAGCAGGUGAACAGGAUCGGAUAUCGUGUCACAGCGGUAGCAAUAUACAAUUCACUUCGGGGACCACUGGAAGACCGAAAGCUACGCUCUUAUCGCACAAAUCGUUGUUGAAUAACUCUGGACAGAGCGCAUUAAGGUCGGGGAUGAGGAUGGAGCAGAGGGUGUGCUUGAACGUCCCGUUCUUCCAUGUGUACGGCCUGAAUAAAGGAUUGUUGACCAUGUUGCAUGCCGGUAUCACGAUCGUGUUGGAGGCCCGCUCCUUCAAUCCUACGAAAUCGUUGGAUGCGAUAAUUGGAGAAAAGUGCGAUACCGUAUACGGAACACCGACUAUGUGGAUCACUCUGUUGGACGUGUAUCAUCGUGUUCAACCCCCGCCGAUAACUUUAGCCUGCGGCAUCACGGGUGGGGCGAUAGCGUCGCCUGAGUUUUUUAAAAAGAUAAGGGAAAGUUUCAACUUCGACAACAUGAAGAGCAUAUAUGGGUUGACGGAGGUGUCAGGGGUUAUCUUUCACUCGAUGCCCAACGAGAAGAAUGAAUUGACAGAUAAUACCGUUGGCCAUUUGAGCGAUCACAUCGAAGCCAUGGUCGUCGACGAGAAUGGGAAAACGGUGCCUUUCGGCACCCACGGUGAACUCUGGAUUCGAGGAUACUCAAACAUGAUCGAAUACUAUAACGACGAAGAGGCGACUAGGAAAACCAUUACCAAAGAUGGCUGGUUCAAGACCGGUGACCAAUUUAUCUUAAGAUCGGAUGGUUACGGGCAAAUAGUCGGACGAUUGAAAGAGUUGAUAAUUCGGGGCGGAGAGAACAUUUUCCCAAAGGAGAUCGAGGAUGUAAUAAUGAUGCAUCCUCUGGUGGCCGAGGUACAAGUUAUUGGCGCUUACGACAAAGUCUACGGCGAGGAGUUGUGCGCAUGCGUACGCGUUCAGGACGGCGCAAAACUUGAGAAGGAGGAGUUGAAGAAAUUCUGCGCAAGUCGUAUAGCGUCGUUUAAAAUACCGCGUUACGUGGAAUUCGUAACGAAUUAUCCGAAAACAUCGAGCGGGAAGGUGCAAAAGUAUAUGUUGAAGCAAGAAAUGGAACGUAAAGGAAUAAUUCCAGCGAGUCCGAAUUAAAAUAUUUUUAUAUGGGAAAAAUAAUUUAAAGUCUUUGUUUUGUAAAUAUUUUUUUUCUUUUAACAACUUUUGUUCAAUUUUAUCUUAUCUCUAUUAAAAUGAUUUAUAUAUAAAUAAUAAA